AUGAGCGAACUGAUACGACUAAUCAUUCAAAAGCUGAAUGACGAGCCAUUUAACAGGAGUUUUAACUUAAUAUCUUUUGAUUCUCUUGAGCCUGUCCGUCUUCUACAGGUUUUGAAUGAUGUUCUUAGCGAAAUAGAUAGCAAACAUAAAAUUGAUAUCAGAGAGGAGCCUCCUGAUAAGAUGGCUGUCAGAAUGUUUGAAGCUUUUAGGGUGUUUAGAUAUAAACUACCAGCCGAUUCAGAAAAGCUGAGCUUAUUUAGCCAGGGUUUAGUGACUGGAGAUAAGGUUAUCAUAUACCCUCUUUUGGAAUGGCUUCUCACUAGAAUGUCUGAGUUGAAAAAGCGUGCAUAUUUAGCUCAAUAUCUUGUUAAAGUCAAUAUUCCCGUGGAUUUUAUGCAGGAUGAGGAAAUAGCAGGACUUUAUCAACAAUAUGAAAACUCAAUUGAAAACUUUAAAGAAUCCCAUAAAAAGUUUGAAAGCGUUAAAAAUGGUGGACUAACGACUGCAGAAGUUAAGAAAGAUAUUUCGGCGAUGCAGGAAGAAAAGGACCAGUUACUUAGACGAGUAGAAAGAAUGAAAAAGAAGCUGGAAGCUUUUCCUACCAGUAAUACAAUGUUUGAAAUGGCGAAAAGGUUGCGGCUAGAGAGAGAAAAGGAGACCAAAAUAUCUAAACAAAUGAGAGAACAGAAGUCAGUAAUUGCGAACACGGAUCAACGUAUUCAAAUCAUUCAACAACAACUUAAAGAACUAAGAAAAACUACAACUAAUUCAACGGCAACAGCAUUAAUACAACGUGUUGAAGAAGAAACAAAAGUUAAUCAAUAUAUGCUAUCUGAAAAACUGCCUAAAGAAUUAUUAAAUAUGAAGACCUAUAUUGAAAAUGUAACAAAAGUUGUUUCACAACCAGCUAUGAAUCAAUCUUUUCUUGAUCAACUUAAUCAACAACUACGUGAUGCAAAUUCUGAAUUAAAUAAACUAAUAGAAAAACGUAUGAUUUCAAAUGAACCAUUUGAUGAUAAAAUUUCAUUAUUUCGUCAGCAAGCUGCUAUUGUAAGACGUAAAAAAUUAGCAGCAGCUGAAACAUUAACAACAACACGUAAUAGACUAUCUGAAUUGAAUAAUCGUCUUGAAGAAAUGAAAAAUCAAUUGGGUGAAUCAACAACUAUUAAUCAGAAUGGAGAUGGCAAUGGGACUGUAAUAAAUAAGGCGUUAGAUCUGUCUUGUUUAAAGACUGAUGAAUUUCAACGAUAUGUUGCAAAACUUCGUAGUAAAAACACAAUAUAUAAGCAAAAACGCGCUCAAUUAAGUGAGUUACGCGCAGAAAAAGGAAUACUGUCGAGAACUGUUGAAAUAUUACGUAAUGAAGAGAAUGAAAUGAAAACAUUAUUGGCUAAUGCAGAAUCUGAACAUGGUACCGGUGGUUAUUGGGAAACUCAAACAAAUUUGGGCAAAAUUUCUGAAGAAAUUUCAUUGUCAAAUGAACAAGAAGGUACUACAUUAGAAGAGAUGUCAAAAAUUAUUCAACAAUUAAAUAAUCGAAUCAAUGCUAAACGUGCACAACUAGCUCCAGUCAUCCGAGAACUUCGACAUUUAAGACAAAGAGCUCAGGAACUUGGUCAAAUACAUGUUGAGAAAAAAUCCGCUUAUGAUGCAUUAACAGCUAGUCAAGAAUCUCAAUCUAUUCGUUUAGAACAAGAAGUACGUACAAUGCGUGAAGCGGAAAAAAAUGAAGAAUCGAAAUUUCACUAUUUAACUGCCAAUCUAGAACUAUUACAUAUUCAACAAAAUCGUUUACAAGAUGAAAUACGUGGUUAUGUAACUGGCAGUAGUCAUGUUGCUUCAUUAUCUAAUAAAAAUGAUAGUACAACUGAAACUGUGGGGAAAAGAAAAAGUUACAGAGAAAUUUAUACACGUAAAAUAGCUGAACAAGAAGCUUUAACCAAAACAUUAAAACAAGAACAGAAAUGUUUAUUAGAAAAUGAAAAAUUUGGUUUAAAACAAGUCAAUUUAUGGAAAAAUUUAUUACAUUUAUUAGAAAUUAAAAAAAUCACAAAAGAAUUUAAUGAAGAACGUGAAAAAGCCGGUGGUGAUUAUGCAAAUGUUACUAAAAUUGAAAAAGAUAGAAUGUUAUUAUAA